GCGGGGCUGUGUCAAAAAGUCUAGGACCCUGUGAAAGAAGAGGGAAGAAGAAGGCGAUUUAUGACAGCAUUAAACGUCAUUUUGGGAGCCUAGGGAAGUAGCGUUGAUGCUUUUGGAUGUUGUCUAGCAAAUAUCUUAGAUCUAGUUGCAACAGAUGACAUGUGACGUUUAUGCCGCUGGAGAAAAGCACCAAACGCAACCGCGCUCUUGUCUCACAUAGAUUACACUAGCAUCAGGUAGUCAUGGCUGCAGAUAUGUCUCUUCCUUGGCCAGCCAACAUUCCAGAACUUAAGAGGCUAGAUGAGCUUCUACGAUGUGGAAUCUGUUACGACUUCAUGUCCACAUCGAUGGUUACAGCUUGCUCCCAUAACUACUGUUCCCUGUGUAUUCGUCAGUACCUCGACUACAAAACUCAAUGCCCUGCUUGCUUCAGUGAAACUACCAGUCAGCAACUCCGCAACAACAGACUUCUUGAUGAAAUUCUUGGGCUUUUUCCAAAUUUAAGGGAUAAGGUAGCUAAGCUGUGCCAGACCACAAAGGGAAAUAGCAUUACGAGCUAUUUAGAAAGCAAGGAAUUGGAAAACCAAGAACCAGUAGAUGAGCAUGUUAAUUCCACAAGUAAUUCGUCAAAAUAUCAGGAAGAUUCAGCUGGUUCACCUAAAGCAACAUCAGUGAAAGAUUUUAUAUCAUCACCAAGAAUUGGUAAAACUCCUAUGGAUACCCCGAAAAGAAACUCUGGAAAGUCCCUGUCAUCAAGUAACAACAGUACACACUUGAGAGGAAACCAGGCAGAACCAUCAACAUCAGGUUUCUCCAGCACAACUAGUAACCCUAAAUGGGCUUCUGGAUCACCUGCUAGAAUUUUUAAUUCUCAGUUAUCAUCUCCAGUACCAUCAACACAAAGUACACGCCAAACUGCUUCUGGGCACUUCUCCAUUCGUAAUGAUCUUUCAACAGUAAGUGGAGGGCUGGAUGAAACCAAAGUCAGUUGCCCAGUGUGUUGUGUAGAAGUACCAGAAAGAAACAUAAAUCUACACUUGGAUGCAUGUCUGAAGCGGAUGGAGAUGGGAAGUGAGGAAGAAAUCACGGUGGUGGACAGUACCAAGCGAAAGCCAUUGCCUAAGCUUGUGUAUUCGUUGCUGUCAGAGAAGCAACUGAGACAAAAACUGAAAGAUAUAGGCCUCUCUGUGCAAGGAGACAAGCCAUUACUUGUUAGCAGACAUCGCAGGUAUACAACUCUCUACAAUGCUGAAUGUGAUACUGCUGAGCCUCGUCCUGUAUCUCAGCUGAUACGGCAAAUAGAAAGGGAGGAACGAGACGAAGCAAAGGUUGCAAAUGCCCGCAGUAUUUUUACUUAUGAUCGAAAAACGGCACCAGAGAUCAUCGAGAAAGAACAAAGUGAUUAUAUCAAGAAAAAUGAAGACCAUUUUGCCAAGUUAAUUGCUGAGGUAAAGAAGAGAAGAGCAGAUGCAAAGAGAGCAAAGGAGUCAAAGAAGGAGCAAUCAGAGGAAGUGACCAUGAAACCUGAAGAAGGAAAUAAGACUCAUAAUGCAGAAGAAAGCAGGUUGCUUCCUAAAAGUACGAGUGAGGAUGAUGAGCUUAAGAGUAGAAAUAAUGGAAGUAAGAGAGAAAAGCAUACAGGCAAAAUUAAAAAGUUAUUUUCUCUGUUUAACUCCAACACAUUAACAGAUGGUGUUCUUAGUGAACAAGAGAAAUCCAAAGAAAAUUGUGUAAAAGAUAGUACAGUUUCUGAUGGUGAAAUUCCUGAAAAUAAUAAUGAUAAAAUCAGAAAUGCAACAGUAAAUUCAGUAGAACCACCUCUGACAUCAAGCACUGUGAAUGCACAGAAUGUUGAUAAAGAUGGAUUUUCAACUGUAAAAAAUAUAAUAGAAGAAUCCUGUGAAAACAGUGUGGUAGAACCCAGUCCAGACUUUUUCUCUGGAAGUCCAGCAGGUUCACAAUCAAGUUGUGGUAGCUUUAGUUUACUCCAAGACUGUGAUCCUCUCAUCAUACAAAAUCCUGAGCUUCCAGAAUUGGAAUUCCCACAAAUGGAAUUCAUUUCUCAGAGAUUCACACAGAAUGCCGAGAUGACUAUCAAUACUAAAAUAGACAUUGAUAGUGUGAUAAGUCUGGCAAUACCUUUCCUUUUCCUAUUAUCUGAAACUGAUAAACCUAGACCUUGGUGGAAUACUGGACAAGACCUAAACCCUUGGUUCCACUAG